AUGAAUGAAGUUUUGAGACCAUUUUGCAGCUGUCGCAAAUGUGUCGACCUAAAUGUCAAACAACGUAUUGCCAUCAUACAGGAAUACGAAUCAUCUCGUUCCAAGAAGCCAAGUAUAAAAAGUUUGGCUUCCAAAUUUGAUUGUUGUUUUUCGGAAAUUAAAAAAAUCCUCCUUAAUCGUGCUUCCAUACUUGCCGCCUAUAAGAAACUGGGCGGUAACCAACGUUCGCAAAUACAGCGAAGAGACCUAGCCGAUACUCGUGCCUUAGAACGUCGAGAAAAAAUCAACUUUUUGGGCAAAGCAAUGUAUGAAUAUAUACAGCGUGUCUUGUAUGCCAACUAUAAUAUUGAUGAUGAAAAAGUCAUGCAAAAGGCUUGGGAAUUUAAGCAUCAAAUUGAUGUGGAUAGUUUUGAACCCGAUCAACGUUGGCUAUUGAAUUUUAAGCGCAUAUAUGGUAUAUGGUCAUUUGAGAUGGGUGCAUUGCGUAAAUGUAUACGGUUAAAUGGGCCCAAGGAACCACAUUUGAGCGCCAUCAAUAUAGUUGAAUAUGUUCGCAGAAGAAUGAAGCUCAGCCGAAGUAAUGGUGGUAGUGGUGGUGGUGCAGCGACGUCCAGCAGAAACAAUACAUACGAUAUUGUUGAAGAACAUAUCCUUCCCGACAGCGAAAUCCGUGUGCCAAAUAAUAAUCAAAAUCAAUAUUAUCCCACUCAUAAUGAUAGUCUCGAUUUACUAGAACCCAUAGAUCGCAGCUUUUCCGAACCAACUAUAGUCUAUGAAAAUGCCGAAGAUGAUGAGCCGGUUUCAAAUGGCACGCAAUGCAAUAUCACAACCGAAGACAAUUUUGAAGCAAGUAUACCACAAACUGCGCUAUGCAAUACGAAACGUACAUCAAAAUUAGCAAGCAUUGAAUCGGUCGAAGAAGCUUUAGAACAUUUAAAACUUCUUGAAGAAUUUGCCAUGUUGCAGGAUAAUUUCCGGGCUAUUGGCCUGCUAACACAGCUGGAACAGUGCUUUAGUAAACAGCCGAAAACAACAUGA